AUGUCACCGAUAAAGGAGCCCGAGGGCCAUCCACGUGACGUCAUCUCUUUGGCGCAGACGAUAGGACUGACGUCGGUCGGACCAUCCGCCUCUUGCUGUAGCUUAAGGUUGCCACGUGUGCUGUCACCAGGAUUAAAUGCUUGGUCUACCUUUCGACUGGCAGCGACCACGACCAUGAAGUAUAAUAAUACUGCAUUAAAACAAGAUUCUAGUCACCAUUUUGAUGCACCAACUCAACAUUUGAAAAAUCGACUACAGCCCAUCGAUGAAGAUGUUGACAACUUUGCACAGUUUCCAUUAGAUGAAACAUUGGUAUCCAGACUGCAUCAACUUGGUUUCAAUCGUCCUUUUCAAAUUCAAGCAGUUAGCCUUCCUUAUACAUUGAAUGGCAGAGAUGUAUUAGGGAAAGCCCUUACUGGUAGCGGUAAAACGUUAGCCUUUGCUUUACCAAUUAUUCAAAAAUUAUCGCAAGGUGAGAAAACGGGUAAUCCUCGAGCCAUCGUCAUUGCUCCUACAAGAGAGUUAUGUAGUCAAGUUCAUGGGUGUAUUGCUGAUUUAUCAAGUACAAUAAAAUCUGUUGCAUUGUAUGGUGGUACUGCUUACGGUCCUCAAACCUCAAAGCUAAGAAGAGGUGCUGAUGUUAUAUGUGCUACACCUGGACGAUUAAACGAUCACCUGAAGCGUAACAAUUUUGUUUUAGAUGAUGUUCAGUUAUUAAUUUUGGAUGAAGCUGAUGAAAUGUUGACCCCAAAUUUUAGAGAUAGCCCCCAAAACAAACAGGUUUUAAUGUUUGGUGCAACAAUGCCACGAUAUAUCAAAGAAAUUGCCAAGAAAUAUUUAAAAACUCCAGAAGUAAUCGACAUAACCAAAAAGGGUUCUCCAUUUCCCAAAACUGUAACCCAUAAGGCCGUCAAACUAUUAAACUGGAGUUGUCGUUCAUUAGCAGUUAGAAAUAUUAUCGAGGAAGAGGGUAUCCAGCGGUCGGUUGUAUUUGUAACAACAAAAGUGGAAGCCAACGAUUUAGCUCAAAAGAUCAAUGGUUUUGGCUUACCUGUUAAACCAUUACAUUCUGAUUUAAGUCAGAAUAAAAGAGAGGAAAUUAUAGAAGCAUUUAGAGUUGGAAAAUUAAAGGCAAUCGUUGCAACCGAUGUAGCUGCUAGAGGAUUAGAUAUUCCUGAAACUGAUUUAGUAAUUCAAGUUGCUCCACCACCUAACGGAUUUGACUUUUACGUGCAUCGUACUGGUCGCACAGGCCGUGCCGGUCGUUCUGGAGUUGCUGUACUAAUUUAUGGAUCCGAUCGCAAAGAUCGAUUAUUUUUAAAGGAGCUCAGACAGCAAGUACAAGUAGAGGAAAAAUCACCGUUAAAGUUUGAAGAAAUUGCAAAAUAUGCAAUUAGUGCCGCGGGUGAUAGACUUCAAGAGGCUGAUCAGAGAUCGAUAAAAUUUGCUUUACCAAAAGCGCAAGAACUCUUACAAAAAGAAGAAACUACUGACGGAAAUGGUCCUGCUGAUGUUUUAGCAAAAGCGUUGUUGGUUUUAGCAGAUUUACCGAGCUUAAAACCAAAAUGGAGUUCAGACGAUGCAGAUGACGACUGGGAUAGAAAGCGUUCUAAAAGGAAAUUUUCGAAUAAGGACGAUAAUUACUCUAGUAGGAGAUAUGAAAAUUUUGGUAAGAGUGAUCGCGAUUCUAGUAGGAGACGUGAAAAUUUUGGUAGGAGUGAGCGCGAUUCUAGUAGGAGACGUGAAAAUUUUGGUAGAGGCGAUCGUGAUUUUAGUAGGAAUCGUGAAAAUUUUGGUAAAGGUGAUCGAAAUUCUAGACGUCGAGAGUUUGGUAAAGAUUUUGAAUACACACGUUACCGAAAAGAUGGGAAUAGGGAUUCUAAAAUGGGUGAAGGAAGAGGAAGAUCGAAAGGAGACUGGGGUAAAAAAUUUAGCCGAGAAUUUUUUGAUGAGUAA